GCGGUCGGACCGCCGGGACCGCUGGACCGCCGGGAUCCCUGAGACUGCUGGGAUAUUGGCGUCCUCACACUCAUCCUGCUUCAACCUCCUCAUCUGAAUCAGCCUGAUCUGAAGAAGCUGCAGCUCAGAAGUGAAAGUAAAUGACAGUCUGAUCCGUCUCCCGGAGAGAACAUGGCCUCCAGGUCGGAGGACGACCUCUCGUGUCCCAUCUGCGUUGAGGUUUUCAGAGACCCGGUCGUCCUGUCCUGCAGCCACAGCUUCUGCCGGGCCUGCCUGCAGUCGUGGUGGGCGCAGCAGGAAACCCGGCCAUGCCCGUGCUGCAAGAGGAGGUCGUCCAAGACCGACCCCCCUCGCAACCUGGCCCUGAAGAACCUGUGCGAGGCCUUUCUGCAGGACGAGGAGCGGCGGGCGGCGGCGGGGCCCGAGCACAUGUGCAGCCUGCACGCAGAGAAGUUCAAGAUCUUCUGCCUGGAUCACCGGGAGCCGGUCUGCAUGGUCUGCCGGGACGCCAGGACUCACAGCAACCACCGGUUCAGACCCAUCAACGAGGCGGCCCAGGACCUCCGCCUGGAGCUGCAUAAGGGCCUGAGGCCCCUCCGGGAGAAGCUGGGGCUCCUCCAGCGGGCCAGGGGGGGCUGCCACCACACGGCCGACUUCCUCCGGGUCCAGGCCCGGGAGACCGGGGAGCAGAUCCGGCAGGAGUUUCAGAAGCUCCACCGGUUCCUGGACCGGGAGGAGGAGGCCAGGAUGGCGGCGCUGAAGGAGGAGGAAGAGCAGAAGAGCCGGCUGCUGAGGGAGAAGGUGGACGUUCUGACCCGGGACCUGGACGCUCUUUCAGACACGAUCAGGGCGACGGAGACGGAGAUGAGAGCCGGAGACGUCUCGCUGCUGCUCAACCACGAGGCGGUGACCCGGAGGGUCCAGCAGGGCCCGGCUCUGCAGGACCCGGAGCCGGUUCCAGGGGCUUUGAUAGAUGUGGCCAAACAUCUGGGCAACCUGACCUUCAACAUCUGGAGUAAGGUGAAGCACAUGGUGCGCUACAGUCCCGUGAUCCUGGAUCCGAAUACGGCCGACCCGGAGCUGGCGGUGUCUGACGACCUGCUGAGCGUGACGUCCGGGGCGAUCCGAUGGUUGCCUAGCAACCCGGAGAGGACCCGGUUCCCCUGCACCGUCCUGGGCUCCCAGGGGUUCGAGUCCGGGACCCCAACCUGGGCCGUGGACGUCGGACGCAACACCUACUGGGAGCUGGGAAUGCUGGGUAACGACCCGGCGGAGCCGCAGCUGUGGAGGAUCUCCCUCAUGGACGGUAGAUUCACGGCGUUGGCCGGAUCGGGCCUGGAGCAGGACCUGGAGGGGAAGGCGCCCCGGAGGAUCAAGGUCCAUCUGGACUUCGACAAGGGGAAGCUGUCGUUCCUGGACCUCGAAACAAAGACGGUCGUGCACACCUUCACGCACACGUUCACGGGCAUGCUGUUUCCUUACGUUUACACUCAGAGCUCAGACCCGCUGAAGAUCCUGCCAGUCAAGGUUUCUGUGAAGACGCAGAGUUAAGGUGGGCAUACACUGUGCGAUAUUUUAAAUCGUUUGAUUCAGCCCCAUCUCAAACUGCACGACUAGAUCACUGAGUUCAAAAGUUCACAGCCCACGAUUUAUGGUCUCACACUGUACGACCCGAUGCUCGGAUGCGACCCGUCUGCUCACACUAUACGAUCAUAAUCCUCCCGUCGGACCUCUGUUACUGGAACUCGAGGCCGGUUUUGGGGCAGGGGUGGGCUGUGUCCACCCAAACGUGCGUCCUGCCCACCUGAUCAAAGGUUAUGGGGAUCCUUUAUUUUUUUUAUAAUUUUAUUUUUUUAUAUAUAUAUAUAAAAAAAAAUCACAAAAUAUCUGUACUGUUUCUGAUUGGGUGGGCACUGCGCAUCAUUUUUAGACACAACAAUGAACGCAUACCGCAAAAGUUGUGUGACCCGACGUCCCAGCAAAAUGAGCACAACAGAGAAGUGUUCAGAACAGGACACAGAGCACACUGAAGGCUGAUUUAUGGUUCCGCGUUACACCAACGCAGAGCCUACGGCGUAGGGUAAGUGGCGACGCACACCGUACGGUGCGGGUCGCCACGUACCCUACGCGUUGGUGUAACGCGGAACCAUAAAUCAGGCUUUAGCAAUUUGUGCCAUUCUGUGUGGCGAUAAAUGAAAAAAGAUUAGAAAACGCCGUGAUUGGGAAAGGAAUUGGCUGGGCAGACGUGGGAAAUGCGGUCUUUUUUUCUGCUAUUAAAACAUGAUUUGUAAUGUGAAUUUGCAACGCUUCUUCCAGCUCUCGACGAAGGCGGACGCUUUUUCUGCUCCUCUCCCUUAUCUAUCUGCCCUGCUACUGCUUUUGUUUGUCUCGUCUUCAGAGUCUCUUCUUUUCACUCCUCCGAAACUAUACAAUCAUGGAAUUGAUUAACUGGUCUCUCAGCACAAUUGACCACAUUUUUGCGACAAGAAGACAUGGGGGUAAGGGAGCCCUCUUGCCCCGAAGGGAAAUUUUUUGCUGGAUACACAAUGGAUUCCUACAAAUACUGGAAACCUUUGUGCUUGGCGAUUCUGUCUGUCGAGGACGUUGAAGAUGCCUUCAUAAUUGGAUUUAUGAUAGCAGGAUUUCUCUUGAUUAUCCUCUUGAUAGGAGGAGGGGGAUUCCUGGUCUACCGAAAAACGCGCAAGUCGUCGACAGCUGUUUUGGCUCUUUCAGAGCUGCCGGAUGUGGCUGAAGGGUCAAGCAAGGCGACCAAUGCUCAGACUUUAACGUUUAGCGACUUUGGGGGAGCAAAGUCGUAAGCUGGAUGCGAUUCUCGAACAGAAUCGCAGGCCGGCGGCGAUCUUUGAGCUCAUUGGCAGGAUGGAUAAGACCUUGGAGAAGUUGGAAGCUCGGCUUGGCGGAAAUUGAUCACAAAUUCGUCUGAUUGGUGUCGCCAUUGAUGAACCAGAGACUGAAGGCAGACGGAAAAUUACUGAGGCUGCCUGUUUUUGCAAUAUAAUUGUUGAUUCUAUAAUCUGGUCUUGACAGGGCAGUUUUUGGCCGAUCGCUAUGGUCACAAUCUUCCUGGUGGAAUGUAAACAAGGUGACUCUGCCCCCACUAAUCCCUCCCCCUCUCCCCCGAACAUCUGUGGAUCCCUGUUUUCAGAACUGUACCGAGCCGCCUGAUAACAUCAAGGACAUUGGCUGAGAGCAGCUCUGGGCAAAGUUCACAGACUCAUCGCUACACACACACUUACUGAUAAACACACCUCCCUCAACUCAACGCCUUCCUCGGCUCCCCCCUCUUAUCAGCCCCCCCCCCCAACAGUCUCCGGGUUUCGAGCGCCACAAAGUCGCGGCCCUCACUUGGAUGUACUGUGUCGGUGUAAAACUAGAUGUAAGAACUUUUUGUUGUAGUUAGAUUGUAAUCCACAGGGACCUUGGACCAUGGAAGCAGAACAACAGAUUAACAAACUUGAAGAAAAAUAUAUUUCAAUUCAUAUUUUGCAAAGUCAGCAACUGCCCCUACUGGCCACACAGAGAAGCAACAGAUAAAAUGUCAGAGAGCUGCACAGUUGCAGCAGUGUUGUUUACAUCAUCCUAUUGUCAGCCUGGCAGGUUUUUACCCAACUAUCGCUUUUAAUCUGAAAUGGGAGCAAAUUCUGACAGAUAAAUCAGUUUUUGCGACAUGGUGGGCCUUCAACGUACUCCUCAGAUACGAAGUGCUGUGUGCAAUGCACGGUUGAACGAACACAUUACCAGUGGAGCUGGUUGGGCCCCCUAGUGGUCAAGGGGCCCUAAGCAGCCGCUUAGUUUCGCUUAUGCCUCUCAGCGUUUCAGUUCCAGAUUAAAAUGUUGGGACAUUUGUUUGGCUGAUUUGUGAAUGUGAAUCCAGGAAAUAUUCUUUUGGGUGACGAUCUAACAGUAACUCUUGAUGAUUGAUGAUGAUGAUUGAUCAUGUGACUGGUGAGGGGAUCGUGGUUGCAAAAAAUCCUGUAAAUACUGGUGACUGAUGUGUGAUAAAAAAGACAAAAAAAACACAAGGAUGUUCAUACCAAGGGUGAGAACAGGUUUGAUACAGAUAACUUUUUUUUUACAGAGCCAUGGUUGGCUGGAACUUUAUACCAGUUCAUAUUUCUCAUGUACGUAGCAAAGAUUGGUUUAAGAUUCAGUUGAAACAAUAUCUUUGAAAAUGUAAUGAAUUAUGAUUUCACAUUUGGAAAGAAAUAGAAUGAAGUUUGAAUAGAAUUACAGGUAGUGUAAACCCUUUCACAAUAAAAGGUGAAAAGUGGUCAAGAAUUUUAAGAUAAGGUCAUUUCAGGCAGGUAUUGUUUAUGAAGGCGUUUUAUUUGAUUUCAUUUCUGUGUAUUUAUGUCAGAGAAUGAUGGUGAUUUAUCCUCUGUGUUCUUUGUGACUAAGGGAGUUGUGUAUAUUAUUGUUUUGUUUGUCAUGUAUAAUGUACAGUAUGUCUGUUAUGUAUUAAGUGUUAAUUUGUGUGUUGUGUUUAUGCUAAUAGCUAAUGCUGUUGCUAAUGCUAAUGGGGAUCCUAAAUAAAACAAACACACAAACAAGUUUGUUAUCUAAAUAACUCUGAAAUUGACUUUUGUUUGGCGUAUUUAGUCACACCUGAGCCAGGAAGGUUUUCAGAUAAAUAUAAAAUGUUUCUAUGUAUAUUCAUUAAACAAAAACACAUAAUAGC